AUGUCAGAAUUAUUGGAAACAACACGUCCUCUAUUAGUUGGCCCAGAUAUUGUCAGCCCGCCUUAUCCAAUAAAAAUGAAAGGCAAAGUGAUCCAAGGUUUUGGUCGGGGUAGUAAAGAACUCGGAAUUCCAACAGCUAACCUUCCAGAGGCUGCGACAAAUGCCUUAUGUGAAGACGUAGAAACUGGGAUUUAUUAUGGGUGGGCACAGGUUGGCGAUGAUUCAUCCGUUUAUCCAAUGGUGAUGAGUUUAGGUUGGAAUCCUUAUUAUAAAAAUGAAAAAAAAAGUGCGGAAGUUCAUAUUAUGCAUGUAUUCCCUGAAGAUUUUUACGGAGUAGAAUUGCGCGUUAUUGUACUGGGUUAUAUUCGUCCUGAACGCGACUACGAUUCAAUAGAUGCACUCAUUCAAGAUAUUAAUAUUGACAUAAAAGUAGCCCAUCUUUCUCUUGCGCGACCUUCAUACAUUACUUUUAAAAGUGACCCUUUUUUUACAAAUGAAACCAAUUAA